AUGCGGACCCUCAUCGCCUUCGCCGCCGCCGUCACGGUAGCUGCUGCCAACGCCCCGACCCCAGUAGGAAAAGUCGUCUGCUACUAUGACAGCAAAAGCUACGUCAGAGAAUCACAAGCGAGGAUGCUGCCGUUGGACUUGGAUCCGGCCCUGUCCUUCUGCACCCACUUGGUGUACGGCUACGCCGGCGUCCACCCCGACACGUACAAAAUGGUGCCGCUGAAUGAAAACCUCGACGUGGACCGCGCACAUGCAAACUACAGAGCCAUAACUAACUUCAAGACCAAAUACCCGGCUCUGAAGGUCCUCCUUUCAGUCGGCGGAGACGUAGACACGGAAGACCCCCAGAAGUACAAUUUGCUGUUGGAGUCCCCGCAAGCCCGAACUGCGUUCGUUAACUCUGGAGUACUUCUGGCUGAGCAGUAUGGUUUCGAUGGCAUUGACUUGGCUUGGCAGUUCCCUAAGAUCAAACCGAAGAAAAUCCGCUCCACUUGGGGAUCUAUCUGGCACGGCAUCAAGAAAACUUUCGCCACGACUCCUGUCGACGACAAAGAGCCUGAGCACCGUGAAGGUUUCACAGCCCUCGUACGCGAAAUGAAGCAGGCCCUCAGUCUGAAACCCAACAUGCAGUUGGCCGUUUCAGUUCUUCCCAAUGUGAACUCAACCAUAUAUAUCGACGUGCCCGCUAUUAUCAAUCACGUCGAUUUCGUGAACUUGGAGGCUUUCGACUACUUCACGGCGCAGAGGAACCCUAAGGAGGCAGAUUACGCGGCUCCGAUCUACACGCCACAGAGCAGAAACGAACUUCAGAAUGCCAACGCAGCGGUUAACUACUUCGUCCAAGCCGGUGCACCCUUGUACAAAAUAGUUCUGGGUAUUGCAACCUUUGCACGCACCUGGAGUCUUGACUCCGAGAGUGAGAUUGCGGGAGUGCCCCCCCUCCACGCCAAUGGUCCCGGUGAACCAGGCCCGUACACAAAAACCGAAGGCCUUUUGAGCUACCCCGAAGUUUGCGCUAAGUUAAUUAACCCCAGCCACCAAAAGGGAAUGCACCCUUACAUGAGGAAGGUGACUGACCCCAGCAAACGUUUCGGAACUUACGCUUUCCGCCUCCCCGACGGUGACAGCGAAGCAGGCCUCUGGGUGAGCUACGAAGAUCCAGAUACCGCUGGUCAAAAGGCCGCUUAUGUAAAAUCCAAGAAUCUGGGUGGAGUUGCCAUCGUCGAUCUUUCAAUGGAUGACUUCCGCGGUCUCUGCACUGGUGACAAAUACCCAAUACUUCGCGCCGCAAAAUACCGCCUU